AUCAGUGCCUAAUAUUAGCCAGCAUGAAUGAAAUAUUUUCAUAUUGUUUAUGCAGUUUCUUCAAAUGCUGGAUGCAGACACUUAUUCGUAUUUCAUUAUACCAUAAUUAAUGGCUUAUAAGACACAUGCACUCAAUAAGACGCACCUCAGUUUGGGCAGGCAUAAAAAAAAAAAAAAAAAGGUAAGUAAACAGGUUUAAGCUCUGAAUAUGAAGUGGAGGGUUUCACCUGACAUUUGAAGCCCUCUUAUAUGUAUUCAGAUCCUUAUUAGAUCUCAAUAUUUUACAUUUAAAAAACCUUAAUAUUUGCUAGGACCUACCAACACUAGUACUUAGACUAAUCCUGCUGUGAGAUGUAAACAAAUGUGGCAUAGACAGUGACAUUGUCAGAGGCCAGAUUGUAAUAAAGUUUGUACAUCACAUUUUUUUAUCAUCAUCCUACACAUGAUCCUAGUUGUAUAUUUUAGUACAUUUUCAAAGCAUAAGGAUGUGUGAAAACAGAUUCACCUUAUUCUCUACAAUGUAUUUUUAUUUGAAAUAUUCAGUACAAACCAUCACCAUGAGUCGCCCUACUUCAUGACACUCUCUUCACUUAUAAAAUCUUUUAUUUUGUUAGGUAGUAAGCUAUUUUUUAAGAAUGCAAUAGUUUCUCAUUAGCUUCAAGUUUUGUUGAACAUGUAUGCAAGGUAAGAAUCUUAAAAGAUAGGUACAAUUCCAGUUGUAUGGAGGUGUGUCUUACCUCAAGGAAUAAUGGCAUCAUACUAAGAAACGCAGUGAAUCCUGCAGUUGUCACCAGGUUUGGUUUGCAACCAACUGCAAGUUUGUUUUGGUACAUGAAAUGUAAGAGUCAUCACCUAAUUUCUUCCUGACUGGUGUUAUUUUAUGUGAAUUACUAGUAAGUAUGACCUGUUAUGCAUUGUUAUCUUGUAAAAAAGAGUUGUUUUUGUGGUAUAGAAUUGAUCAUCACUUUGUUUAUGUAUGUGAAGAUGUUUGGGAUUUAAUCUAAGGGCCACUGUUGCCACAGACUUACCACUGGCCACUGUCCCAAAGCUGAACCUUGGUCUUAUAAGAUGCAGGCUCAUUUUCUGAGACGUUUUUGGGGGAGAAAAAAGGCCAUCACUAGCAGACCUCUUGGGUGGUUUCCAAGACCCCAGCUUGGCCUUCAAGACACUUAAUCAUACCAGGGUCUUCCUUCAGCAGCUCACCAGAAUAUAACUGGAUAACUUGCCUGCUGCCAGUACCUCCAGGCCUCUAGAGGUUGUGGCACCACAGCCUGCACAGCCCCUCAAAUCCCCAACAAGAACAAGAACACAACAGGGUAGUGGGAGUGAUGGCUUCAAGACACACUGCCACUGUACAAGGCAGCUGUUACUCUUGUACAUCAUGUGCUGCUUACUAGACUGUGCCUAAAAAUCUGAGAGGAAAAAGUAAAAGCUCACAGGACUGGUUGACAAGACAGCUAAAUGACCCUUAUGUGAAGUUGACCAAGCAACAUCAGUGCAGGCAUUGUCCAUGAUGCUUCCUGUGUUGUGGUUCCAUCAUGGCAGGCAUGGAAGUGCCUCUCACUACAUCACUGCCUCAUGAUCAUUGAGAGCAUGGACACAGACACUGAGGCCCUAGUGGGUAUGUGGACCUCCUCAAUGGACAGAUGGACAGAGGCUGGUGUGCUGGCUACAUGUAUCAGGAGCAAAUCUCAACCUUCUUCUCUGUUGUGGCAACAGGGAUGACAUAUGAGAUGGCCAUGACCAGCAUGCCCCUUCAGGUGCUACAUCUGCACCUGCCACACAGUCCAUCCUCUGAGGCCGUUGUCCUGCUCAUCUUCCCAAAGCCUCAGCGUUAUGACACCUAUGUGGAUGGUGUCUUUGUUCCCCCAGCCAACCUCAACACCUCUGCAGCCGGCUACAAGCUGUUGCCUGAGAACCCCACCCAUCCUCAGGCUUUCCUUCCCAUGUUGGACAAUGCAAUGGGGACCAGCUUCUUCCAGCGCAGUGCUAAGUUGGUCCAUGUGGUGCUGUGCGAAGGCCACAUCCUUGACAUCAAGACCACACCCAUGAUCACCCUCACCAGUGGCCUCAUGGUGAAGGAAGAUGAGUUUUAUGAGCAGAACGUGGUGUUGAAUCUGGCCAGCCUGUUUGAGGUAUCCCCAGACAACAUCAGGGUCAUCAGUGUUAUGCAGGAGCUCUCCAAGAGACAACAGGGAAGGCUGGAGGCUGAAGUGGCCAGCGCUCACACUACAAGCCUGAAUGGCGAGGAGGAGGAGGGAGCAAUUGGUGGGGAGGUGAUUCCCUACAAGAAGCUGGUGCAGAGUCUGGAGAAGGCCGUCAAUAGAUUCCAGGAUGGAUCAUGCAGCAACUGUGCCUCUCUCUCUUGGUGAGUGACCCCAUCGAGCCACCACCCAAGGAAGCCCCUCCAAAGGCCACAGAGGAGGAAGGCAGUGUUGUCAUUCUGGAUGCCAAGCUGUUCUACAAGCAGCAGGAGAAGGAGGUGGCAGAGAAGAUCAAGGAGAG